GGAAUACUAUAGCACCUAAUGUUUUCAUAAUUUGUGAGUAUGAUGCCCUACCUGAGAUCGGACAUGGAUGUGGUCACAACCUGAUAGCUCAGUUGGGCGUGGCUGCUGGCAUUGGGGUCAAGGCGGCUUUGGAAAAGUAUGGGAAACCAACAGGAAAGGUAAACUUGCCACCCAUCCCCCAGUUCUGAAUUCACAUCUUAAACCAAAAAGUACUAAAACUAAUCCUUGGUAUGUCAGAAUAGACACAUUAGUGUCAUCCAGUAAAUAUGCCCAGCAUGGAAAUCAAUAAAUCUCAGGCACAUGCAGGUAUAUUGUCAAGAAUCCUGGGUUUUCAUAGAAUGCUGUCUCUUUCUAUAAUACAUACAGGCUGAACCUGUUUGCUAAAAAAGUAAAGAAAGUAUUAAAAACAUUCUAUUAAUCUUUCUGAAUGUGAGUAUCUAAAACUGUUCAGUUCUGGAAAUUUUGUAGACUUGUUGUCAGGACCUGUAAGACCCACAUUUUUUAAGCUGUUGAUUUCACUCUAUCCAUUAUAAUUAAAAAAAAACAAAAACAAGCUUUCUUACUUAUAGUGGGAAAGGACUUUGUUUGAACAUAAAUAAUCGUUUAAAAAACUUUUACUUCUUCCUCAUAUUUGUAAAAGCUUUUAUAGCAAAGUUAUAUGUUAAGGAAAUAUUAUUUUUAUAAUGCUGGCCUUGUUUGUUUGUAACUGUGAAGGUAACAAUACUUGGAACUCCAGCAGAAGAAGGAGGUUGUGGUAAGCAAGUUCUCAUCGAUGCCGGGGCUUUCAAUGAUGCUGAUGUGGCGAUGAUGUGUCACCCAUCACACGUGAACCAAAAUGAAAUUCUCCUUGCGUCUUCAUGUAUGUAAGUGGGUUAUCGAAAUGGUUCAUUUAUAUGGAGUAAAACAUCAAGAUGUUGAUAAUUUUCGAACAUCUCACCUGUGAUGUUUUUGUGAUACUCUCCCCUAGGUGCAAGGUGACAUAUCACGGUAAAUCAGCCCAUGCCUCUGUCUUUCCAUGGGACGGGGUUAAUGCUUUAGAUGCAGCUGUCCAGGCUUAUAAUGGAUUAUCUGCUCUCAGACAGCAGAUCAAGCCAAGCUCACGACUACACAGUGAGUGACCCCCCAGUACUACACAUUACAUACACAGUGAGUGACCCCCCAGUACUACACAUUACAUACACAGUGAGUGGCCCCCCAGUACUACACAUUAGAUACACAGUAGAGACAGACCAAAUUUCGGUUUCGGUGCCAAAAGUGGCCAUUUUAUAAAUUUCCGUCAAGUUUCAGUUUCGUCAGAAACUGAAAGUUAACUUUCUGCUUAAUUUCGGUUUCAGCCGAAAGAGAAAAGUUAACUUUCGUUUUUUUUUUCAGUUUCGGCUGAAAUUGAUUGAGGUUUUCGGACAUCUAAUUCUCAGCAAAAGCGAUAUUUAACAACAAACUAAGCUACAUUUAAGAACAAACUAAACGAUCUUUAAGAACAAAUUAAGCGAUCUUUAAGAAAAAUUUAAAUGAAACAAGGGAUGAGGAAUAUAUUCCGACCACAAAGAGACAAAAAUUAUCCCUUAAAAAAGAGGAAAAGGAAAAAAAAAAUCAACACCAACUAGGCCUAGUUCAAGUUCUAGUAAUUCUGUGGCUUCAACUUCAAAGCAUAAUUCAUCUUCAUCUAAAACUAGUCAAUCUAUUAGUUCAAAUUAUUUCCCUACUGAGACAGAGUGAUCCGAAGUCCUAACAGGACAAACUGAAAACAAUUUCUGAUUUCAUCCCCUUAGAAAUCCUGGAGUUUGCCCUAAACUUCAAAACCUUGUAAACCCUACAUCUAUUAACUUUUUCAAUGAACUAUUUGAUGAUAAUGUUAAAGAUUACAUUGUUGAAUCUAUAAAUGCCUAUGCUAAAAAGAAAGUUCACAUGAACACACAUGUCUGCUGAAUCCUAUAUUCCAUGGAUACACCAGAGAUUUCAGGACAUCUAUCACUCCAUGCUACACUGUGGCGAUGAAAAUUCCGAAGGGAAAGAUAAAAUUGAACCAUUUAUGAACAUACUCUUGAAUAAGUUUAGAAAUGCAUUCUACCCUUUUCAGGAACUUAGCAUAGAUGAAAUGGUAAUAGGCUUCAAGGGCAGAUGGCAAUUCAAACAAUAUAAUGCCACUAAGCCUAGCAAAUAUCAUAUCAAGACAUUUGGCCUGUGUGAUUCCUCAAGGGGAGAUGUUGUUGAUAUUUUGACCUAUUUUGGGGCCAAUACCUCCUAUAACCCAGAAACAGAUAAAGAUGGAGGACAGGCUGUGCAAGUUUUUCAUACUUUACUGCAGCAUGUGGGUACUGGACAAAAAAUUUUUGCUGACAGAUAUUAUACGUCAAGAAAACUUGUUGAUUACCUUCUUGCCAAAAACCAAUACUACACAGGAACACUGAAUAUCAACCGCAUUGGAUUUCCACUAGACAUAAAAUCUUUAUCUUUACAACAAAAAGAGAUGAAGUGUUAUAUAAACCAAAACAAGAACAUGCUCUGUGUUGCUUUCAGGGACAAAAAGGCAAAAAAAAAUGUCAUAUUGGUGUCCACAGAUGCUAGGGUACAAGUUACCGAAACAAAAAAAAUGGAUAAACCGGAAAUGAUAGACAUUUAUAAUCACAAGAUGAAUGGCUGCGAUAAGCUAGACCAAAAAGUAACAUAUUACUGUGUUUAUGAGCGAAAAACAUUGAAAUGGUGGAAAAAGAUUUUUUUCUGGCUGUUAGAAAUUACACAGGUGAACUCGUACAUUUUGUUUUUACUCUGUCAAGCAGCAGAUGCAAACAAAGUAAAAAUGAGUCUAAAACAAUAUAAACUUAUGUUGAUGCGUCAGCUAACCGAGGAAGUAGCAUUAAAUCAAGUACUAAAAGCACCAGGAAAGGGUCCAGAGACCGGAUGCCUCGAAAAGUCUAAUGAUGCUCAACACAUUGUUGAUUUUGAUGAUAGGGACCGAUCUUGCGCAUAUUGCUCAACUGCAACAAAGCGAGUACGCACACAUUUCUAUUGUACUGGGUGUGAAGCCAAACCCCAUCUCCAUCCUAAAGGAUGCUUCAAGGCCUUUCAUUUAAAAUAAUAGCUUCAUUUGUGUAUAUAUUUAGUAAAUAUGUGAAAUAUGUGGAAAUAUUUGAGUAUAACUAUUUUUAUUGUUGAAUUUUUGAAAAAAAAAUUUAACACGUGUCUUGGGAAAGAAAUUCAUAACUUUACAAUUUCUGGAGCUACUGCAAUGAAACUUUCCAGUUGUUUUGGAUGUAUCAUAAGACUCAUUUUAAGAAAAUAUGAACUUGAUUGGAUUAUUGUUACCUGAUUUCUGAGCUGGUGAGUCAAGCAAAAAAAAUUAUUUUUUUAUAAUUUUUUACAUAAACCUGCAAUAAUACCCCCAAAAAUGUUCUUUGGGUAAUUUUCUUUAUCACUUUUUUAUACUAGAAACAUAUUCCUUUUUCAAUUACCUACAUUUGGAUAUGCAGCAUGAUAUAAUUUUGAUAAAUAGCAAAACAGAGCUUUUCAGUUUAAAAUCAUCAGGUCAAAUAGAAUUUUAGUCCCAAAAUUUUACUGCGUUCCCUUAAAAAAAUUGUGACGUAUUGAAUGGGUUAAAGAACAAACUAAGCAAUUUUUAAGAACGAACUAAAUGAUCUUUAAGAACAAAGCAAAUGAUCUUUAAUAGUAAACUAAAUGAUUUAUAAGAAUAAACUAAGCGAUCUUUAACAGAAAACUAAAUGUUCUCUAGGAACAAACUAAAAGAUCUUUGAGAACAAACUAAUCAAUCUUAAGGAACAAAAUCAAUUAUCUUUAAGAACAAACUAAGCGAUUUUCAACAACAAAAUAAGCGAUCUUUAAGAACAAAAUAAACGAUUUUUAAUAACAAAGUAAAAGAUCGAUACAAACAAACUAAAUGAUCUUUAAGAACAAAAUGAAUGAUAUUUAUGAAUAACUAAGCGAUAGUUAAGAACAAAAUUAAUGAUCUUUAAGAACAAAGUUAGCGAUCUUCAUGAACAAACUAAAUGAUCUUUUAAUAACGCAAACUAAGCAAUCUUUAAGAAAAACUGAGCGAUCUUUUUGAACAAACUAAAUGAUCUUUAAGAACAAAAUAAAAGAUCUUCAAAUAAAAACUAAGCGAUCUUUAAGAGCAAAAUAUGCGAUUUAAAAAAAAACAAAUAAACGAUUUUUAACAACAAACUAAGCGAUCUUUAUGAACAAACUAACCAAUCUUUAAGAACAAAUAAAGCGAUCAUUAACACAAAAACUGAACGAUCUUUAUCAACAAGAUGUUAUAUUAGAUUUUUAUUUAUUAAUAUUCAAGAUUAUCUAAUUUUUAAAAAAAGAAUGUAAAUAUUUAUACUUUCUCCCAUCAUUUUCGAUGUAUGCAGAAUGUAUGCGGGAACGAAUUUAAAAAUAUCUAAAUAUGUCAGUUUCGGUUUCGGCCGAAAGUCAUUUUUAACUUUCAGCCUUUCUUCGGUUUCGGCCAAAAGUCAUUUUUAAACUUUUGCCUCAUUUUCGGUUUCGGCCGAAAGUCAUUUUAAGCUUUCGGCCUAUUUUCGGCUUCGGCCGAAAUUAGAAAAUCACUUUCAGUGGGUCUCUAACACACAGUGAAUGACCCCCAGUACUACACUUACAUACACAGUGAGUGGCCCCCAGUACUACACAUUACAUACACAGUGAGUGACCCCCAGUACUACACAUUACAUUUACAGUUACAAUGAAUAUAUGUCUUAUUAAUCAUAUCCUCUCCAAAAUUCACUUUAGCAAUGAUCAAAUACACAUAUUGUAAAUAUUGAGUCUAUUGACAUUUCAUGGGUCUUCAGAACAGCAUGGCUAAUAUUAAGCAUGUUAUUGUAAUUUCUGUUGACAGCAUUGGCAUACUACUGUGAGGUCAAAUUUUGAGAGUGAAUAAAGAGGCAUUGCAAAUCCCCUCUGCAUGCAUAGGAGCCAAAAUGAUCAAUAAAUUGAUCGUGGGGCUUUAAUAUAUAGAAGAAGAAGAAGAGAUUUUGAAGUGAAACAAUUUGCUAUGAACAAAGCAGUAAAUGACCUGUGAAGUGUCAACAAAUCAAUAUUAUGAUUGUUUUAAAUAUUUUAAUGAAAACGUUCUUUUAAUGUGUGUGUAUUUCCUUAGAGAUUUUAUUCACUAAGUUUUCUACUGAACUAUUCUUAUGUAUUUUGCCUGCUAGAGCGAGUAAAUUUUAUUUAUUAUAGUCAGACAACAUGUGAGUCAAUUAAUCAAAUAAAAUCUUGAACUUUACCGUGAAUUGUAUAAAUACCAUUAAGGAGGUGAUAAUAUUUUAAUAAAUUUAUGAUCCAAAAAAUUUAAUAGUUGGCAACAAAAUCAAUGAUGUUUUACUAUUUUUGUUUUAAAGGGUUACAAUUUUUAAAUUCUUAUUUUUGUCAUUCCGAUCAAAAUAUUAAAAACAGCUGAUUGCUUAACAAUCUCUGUGGCCAGUCCAUGUUCGUAUUGUUAGAAUGACUCAUUUGACCAACUUUCAAUUAAGUAUUAUGAUUUCAGCCAUCAUCAGUAAAGGUGGAGUAUACCCCAACAUUAUUCCAGACCUGGCCGAACUUGUGCUCAUUGCAAGGUCCGGUUUAAAGAAAGAUCUGAAUGUUCUGAUUGACAAGAUCAAUGGCUGCUUUAAAGGUGCAGCAACAGCUACGGGUUGUACGGUAAAUUAUAAUUACAUGCUGUUGAUAUCUACACAGAUUCAGAUUUGUUGGUGCAUUCUUUUUCAUUUUGACAUCAAAAUAACAAUGUCUUAUACAAAUUAUAAAAUUUUUCUUAAUACUUUCUGUCUAGAAAAAAUGGCAACCAUCUUGUGUUAAGAAAAUCGCUUCCCCAAAAAUAAUAAACUUAAUCAUUUAAAUUAUAUUUUUUUCAUUAUUUAUUACUAAUAAUUGUUUCUUGCCUACAGGGUAUAUGAAGCAAUUCAAUUGGAUCUCUUCCAUUUAAAUGUUUACAAUACUGUAACUAUGUUUUAUUAGAAAGUGCAUGAUCUUUUCACAAAUAAAAAAUUUGUUGUUGACUUCCACACCAUGUAAUUUUCCCCUCCAGAUUUAUUCAUCACAUUGGGUAAAUCCAAUAAAUCUCAAUGUCUCUGGAGCUCCACACGAAGCUUUCCUUUAUUUUCAUACACUCACCUGGCAUUUGCAAUCCUCAUGCUGACAUUUUGUCUACCCAAAACAGGUUGACAUAUCUUGGGAGCCUCAUGUUUACGCUGACAUGCACCCCAACCAGGCGCUGCUGGAGGUGUACAACAAACACAUCUCACAGUUGGAGCCUGCCCGCAC